CGCGACAUUUACCAAAUCGCAUGCGGUCCUCGUAUCUUCUGGUGAAAUUUUGAUUUUUUUCCAACGUGGAUUCCUGUCUUAGUCAAUAUGCAAUAACGUUGUACCGUUAGUCCUUGAUAACGCGGACAUUCGGCAGGGCGACCCUUUCGAAAACUUCGUAUUUAUCUUUGACUAUUGGUAUGCGCAUUCAAUGCGGUUGUCUUCCACACUGUUCGAAACGGCGCCGUUCGCUAUUACUCCGUGUCAGAGUUUCCUGUCACGCGUAGAGUGGUCCCCUUGACACAAACGGCCUCGGUAUUCCUUGUGAAUAACAGUACGUCGUGCUCGUGCUCUUGAAACGUGGUUAAGAGAAGUGUCGGAGGUAGCUGAUGAUAAGGACGUCUCGCGAGGAAAGUGAGAAAGUGUCAGGAGUCUUAAAUAGUACGUGGGGAUGUUUCUCGUGAGUUCUUUUUUACGUUGACAGCCGGCACACGCCGUGACUGUAGUGGCUAGAAUACGUGAGUGUCGCAGAGGGAGAAUGACUACGUAGUUCGAUGUGUAGCCACUAGCUGGCAGCACUUGCCGCGACAUAAUCGGCAAUGCAUUGGGAGCCAGAGGAUCCCAGUCAGGUAAAUGAAUGGGACUGCUCGACGGAAUUACAGGUGCUGGCGGACGCGACGUUACGGGAUGAACGCGGCAGCUUAGCGAAUGGGAACGUAGAGAACAUCGUUGUGAGCAAUCUCUUCGAUGGGGAGACUAUUAGCUACAGCAUGGCUCUUCUACGGGGUCGGGUGCCACAAGGAUGCUCACACAUCAUUGUACGGGCCCACAAAAAUUCUGUCUCGGAAUGGCCCAUCGUCUCCGGGGAGUUUCGUGCCCUGGUGGAUCUCGCACGAGGUUUGAACAAGCUAGACCUGGAAGCUGGUGGAACACGACGAAGAUUUAUUCUGAUACAUGAACCUAGACCAACGAGAUUAAGAGUCACACCUGUUUAUGUUAUAUGCUCUGGGCAUGAUGGUUAUUUUCAAGGUCCCAGAGGCGAAGAUCGUUCACCGGAGAGCGCAGCGACCAGGAUCGGACUGGGAGCUAGACUCCUGCAGACUCUGACUGCCGAGAAACUUCGAGAAGCUGGUCACGGCAGGAAAACAUUCCAACUCGAAAGAGACCUAGAUGGUGCCGAGUGUCUGGUGAUGCACAGUAUGUUGCACGUGGAUAGAGCUAGAGCAAUGAAUCAGCGAGACCUUUGGGAAUUAAUAGCUCGGGAGUUGAUGACUGGACCAUUAGCUUCGAGGGACCGGAAGUACUUGGCCUUCCUAUCAUGCACAAGGUACCGAGGAGCACCAAAUCCAAGGACCCACGAAGACACCCUGGCAAGAACCGAAGGGCACGCUGCUCUGGGUGGUGGAGGUCUAGCACUUUUUGGGUCAGCCUGUCUUCACACCUGGCCCACCUGUUUGGCUCAGGUCCUCCCACGAUUCCUGGACUCAACUCUCGUCGACACGGAACAGCUUAUGGAUGACAGCAACUACAGAGGCACGCAUGGAGGCUGCUUGGCAACGACUUUGGGUUCAGCUCUCCAUGAACUAGGUCAUACCUUUGACCUGGGUCACACCAGAGAGGGAAUAAUGGGUCGUGGCUUUGACUACGUGGACAGAGUGUUCGUUGGUGGUGCAGGACUGGAUCCUAAUCGUAAUUCCAUAAGGAGGGAUCCUCAGCAUACUACGAUAGCCUUGAGCAGACCACUGAGCGUCACCGUGACGGUCCAGGAACCAAUAAUGGCCAGCCCCAGAAGAGGACGUCUUCUCUCGGAGACCUCAAGACCUUCCCCAUCCUCAAGUCCACGUCUUAGUCCUGGUAGACUCUCAGCCCCGGCUAGUCCAGAGCUGAACAGAUCCUUCUCUAGGAGUUUAUCAUCCACGGAGCCACCGACUCAACCUGAUAGGACGUUCUGGGGACCCUCGUGCGCAGCUAUCCUGGCUUAUCAUCGCUGGUUCAAUAACGAGAUAGACAACAUACCUGCACGAGGACUCAACGAAAUAGAAUACGAUGGAAAAAGGAACGUCGUCCGCUCACGAUACGGAGUACGCGUGAUGGAACUUCGUGAAUCAUCCGGUGGAAUGGUCGUUGGGUCACGUCAGUUUCCUGGUGCUCGUCCACCUCUGGAAGCCCUGGUACCAUCACCGCCACCUCACUGUCUGGCUCCGCUCACUCUCGUCGCCGAGGACACUGUCGGAAACGUCUUGAAGCAUCCCCUACCAACAGCCUUUUAGGACUUCUGAAUAUCCUAAACCUCCAAUAGUCAUCACUAACAGUCAUUCGAAGAGUUGAUUUCUCAAGGAAGGUUCCUUUCUCCAUUACUCAAUUCACUCUCGUUACUUCCUGCUGGCAAUCUUGAACGGCUUCUGUUGCAGCACCCGUCGAUUUUUAUUUAAGAGGCUUAUAGAGUUCAAGGCACAUAAUCAGCAGUAUCUAUAUCGUAACUUGGAGUAAAUAAGACUAUCGUAUUACGAGACGCCGGUCUUCGGCUGGCACGUAGAACGUAGACCGAUCUGCUUCGAUGGUUGACGUUAUCCUUUUGCGAUAAUUUAUCCUCGAGCAGUAAUCAAAACAUUUUGUUGUUGUAGCAAAAAUAUCAGACUACUUCAUUGUUAUCAGUGUCAUCCGAUAUAUGUCGAUUAUCAUUAAUUAAAAAAGGAAUUUCGUAUAUAAUUAAUUAUUGCAACUCACGACUGUUUACUCAUGUCGCAUAAAGGUAUACAAAAUUCAGAGAUUCCAUGUAGCACGUAUACCUAUGUCAAAAAUGCAUUUUAUACGACAGGGCCAAUUUAAAACGAAAUCGAAUAAUUAAUAAAAAUUAUGACAACAUAAUACACGCGCAUGCGCACUAACUCUUGCGCAAUAAUUACGCAACGCGUGUACCUGCUUAUGCUGUUCACCAGUUGUUUAAACAAAUGCAUUUGAUUUAUGAUAAGCACAAAAAUGUUCAGGAUUAUCAGGAAUUUCCUAGCGUACACAGUUAAUACAGAGGUAAUUUAAGGAAGAAGUAGCAUGCGGACUCACUUAAUCGUGUACAAGGUGUACCAUAGCAACGUAAUAUGCGAAUUUCAAAUUUAGAAUACCGCAUAAGAAACUACGAUAAAGGAUAUUAAUUUAAAACUGUGAAGACUCCAUCAGUUUUUCUAUUAGAUUCCAUAAUCAUAACUAUUAGUUCCUUGACAAUUUCUCUUAAACAUAUAAUUAAUUGAAUUACCUUUAAGAAUUCAUUAUGCGUUUAUAAUAUUCCAUUGAUAUGGUAUACUCUGAAUACAUAGUAUAUAUAUAUUCUCAUAAGAUUUACAUAUUUAACGCGCUAGGAUUUAUUAGAAAUUGUACAUUGUAACAUGUAUGUACAUUGAUUUCAUAAAUUAUUUUAAUAAUAUUAUAAUAGGCUAGCAAAACGAACUUGCAAAGGACAAUAUUAGUAUAUUGUGCUGCAAACUGUCAUGGUUGAACGACAUGGAAUGAUCAAUAUAUAUAUAUAUAUAUAACUAUUAUUAAUAAUAAUAUAAUAAUGAGUGAGAAAUAUAGUGGAUGGUGACUGAAAUUAAUGUUGUAUCCUUUUCAUAAUAUAUCCUUCAUUAAAGUAAUUUCUUCUAGUUACUCUUACAUAGGUGGUCAACCCUAGUGAAUCAUAAGAGGCAUCCAAUAGCGUUUAUUGACAGAUGCCAAACCAUACUGUAGCUAGCCGACUAGAUAAGAUAAG